GGCAGAGUUUUUUCGAUAGCCUUUUUUUGUUGUACAAAUUUUAUUUCACGCUCAAUAAACGAGCUACGGGAAUCGAGAAUAAUUUAUAUAUACUUUUGGUUCUCCCAGAAAAGUGCAAUACGUAAGAAAUGUACAAACUUGAAUACGUAACUAGCUAAAGUUUACCCUUAGAGCUCUGCAAAAGGGCCACAGGCGCGUGUGAGGAGAGAGAAAAAUUAAACAUAAUUACCGAUUCGUAUUAGAUUAGCAUAAUAUGGAUUCCCGUUACGGGCGAGGCUUCUCAGGAGGAGGCGCAGGGAAUGGCAAUGGGGGUGGAGGCGUUGACCACCGCGAGGGUCAAUACAGACGCUACAGUCGAUCCCGGUCACGUUCACGUGACAGGAACCGAGACUACAGACGUCACAAUUCGCGUUCGCGCAGCCGCGAGCGUUCCUCGCAUUACAACAGACAUGCCGACGGCAGUGGCAGUGGCAGCCAGGACAAGGAUCUCUAUCGCGACCUGAUCGACGACGACUACCAGGAGGAGCGGAGCUACAACUCGCGCAAUCGCAACGAGGACAACUAUGACCGUCGCGAGGAUAAUUACGACAACAAUCGCGACCACCGAUGGAAGAACUAUGAGCGGCAAUCGCGGGAACGCGGAAACUCUGACUACGAUCGGGGGAAUGAGCGCAGCAAUCGGAACGCUGACUAUCGGCAUCAUAAUAAUGGAAACAACAGCAACCAACCGAACAGGGAACGCGACAGGGAGCGGGAGAGGGACAGAGACCGCGAGAGACGCUACUCCUCCGACGAUGAGAGCGAUGAGAGCCAGUAUCGCCGCAAGCAUCACAGACCCUGCAACGAGGCCCAAAACAACAUCAUACUGUUCGGUCUCCAGAAGCACGUUACGGAGGCAGACAUCAUGGGAGAGCUGAUCAAAGUGGAUAUGGAGCCCACUUCGAUACGAGUGAUGAGGAAGCAGCCUACAGGUGCCUCACGCUGUUUCGCAUUUGUCGAGUUUAAAACCGUCGAGGAAUCGAGACAAUGGAUGGAAAUAACUAAGGGCACGCUCCAGUUGGGCGACCACCGGGUGUCCAUGCAGUAUAGCCACACACGGAUGUCGGACUGGACUUGCAUAAAGUGCGGUGCCAGCAACUUUAAGCGGCGCUUCCAAUGCUUCAUGUGCAGCGCAUCUCGCGAGGAAAGCGAGAACGCCCUCUGUGGGGGCGGAGAAGGAAUCGAUGAAGUCACCCGAAUCCUCACAAAAAAGAUUAUGUUACGCAAUCUGGAUGCCCUGACCAACGAGGAGGGUGUGCUGACUGCCCUCCAGCAGCUGCUGCCCAAGCUGGCCAAGUCCAUCAGCAAAGUGCUGAUCAGUCGUGAUACCCUAACGCAGGCAUCGCGAGGCAUUUGCUAUCUGCAGUUUGACACGCUCGUCGACUCCAUGGAGUUGCACAAUGCCCUGACAGCGCUGGAUCCACCGCUGACCCUAGACGAUCGUGAAGUUGCCAUUAGCUACUGCGUCGAUGUAGAUGAUCGACCAAAGUUACCAAAGGAAUCGCCAGCUGCCACUUCCACGAGUUCGGCCAGUGGAGGCAUUCCAAACGGAUCGAUUGCAGCUGUGGCACCCUCGGGAGCUGGUGGAAGUUAUACUCUGGCCGAUGUUCCCCGUCUCGCCGAGUACAGUGCCUCGUUGUAUGCCUCCAAUCCGGCGGAGCAGGCGCACUAUGUCCAGUACUACACGGACUACUACACGGCAGAGAUAGCCAAGAGCAGCGCCUCAGACCCUCAGCUAACAGAAGCCAAUUCCGGUGCUGCGGUGGCUCUCUCGGCCAUUCAGCGAAAGCAGAAAAAGAUGAACCAAAUUGAGACGACAGCCACGGCGGCUGCCAUAGCUGCUGCCCAGGCAGCUGCCGAGAUUAAAGCCGCCUUCGCCGCUCAGAAUGUGAUUGCCCCAAGAGGAAACGAUGGCAAGACUUAUCCCGCUCCUGAUGUUUCCCGCUACCAGUACGAUGAGACCUCUGGGUACUACUUCGACCCGAGCACGGGUCUCUAUUACGACGCCCACUCCCAGUACUACUACAACAACGAAACGGGAGCGUAUCUGUACUGGGAUCAGCGGCGCAGCACCUACAUUCUGGCGACUCCCGCCUCCACCCAGGCAGCACUGAAGGAGGUGCUGGCGGAGGCCGAGCAGAAGGACGACGAUUCCAAGAAGGAGAGGGAAAAGGACAAGGAGAAGGAGAAGGACGGAAACAACAAGCACGACAAGGUGAAGGUGGCCAAGAAGAUCGUCAAAGACAUGGAGAAGUGGGCCAAGCAGCUCAACCAGAAGAAGGACUACACCGUGGUGGCCACACCCCAUCCCAUUCUAUCAGGCAGCGAGAUGUCGGGGCCCAGCACUUCGCGUUCCACUCAAGGCUCGUAUGCAGAUGUCGGAUUCUCCAUCCUAGAGAAGAAGGAGCGAGCCAAGUUAACGGACUUCAUGCCGCCUGCGGCUCCACUCAGCGGGAAUAAGCUGUUCAAGGCUUAUGGCGGUGGCUCCGAAUCGGAUGAGGACAAUGCGGCGGGGCCCGCACGGGCACCAGCGGCGGCUGUCGGUGGAUCCGGAUCCAGUGCCGCUGCUGACGAAAUGGACUUUGUGGACUUCCAAAAGCUGACGUGUUUGUUGUGUAAACGUGCCUUCCAAUCCCUCGAAAUUCUUCAGAAGCAUUUGAAAAUGUCAAAUUUGCACAAAGAGAAUCUGGCGAAGCUCAAUCAAAGUUCAGGAGCUGUGGCUGCCGAAGCCGAUCCUGAUCCAGACAGCGAUGCGGGAUUAUCCUAUCGGGACCGCGCCAAGGAGAGGAGACUGAAGUACGGGGAGAGCGAUCCACCGCCGCCGAAUCGCAGUCGGGAGCGCUUCGAGCAGGAGAUAAAGACACUGCAGACGCGUCAGAAGAACAACGCCAGCGCGGCUGCAGCUCUGCCCAUCAGCUCGAAUAAUGUGGGCAAUCGCUUGAUGCAGAAGAUGGGCUGGACGGAGGGUCAGGGUCUGGGCCGGAAGAAUCAGGGGCGCACACAGAUCAUAGAGGCUGAGGGGCGCACCAAGAGUAUAGGCCUGGGUAACAAGGUGUGCAACCUGCCACCUGGCACAGACUACAAGUCUUACAUCAAGAAGAUGAUGAAGCAGCGCUAUGAGAACGCCUGAACAUGCCAGAAGAAUGCCCGAAAAUGUAUUUAUUAAGAUUUUAAUUAUUAUUAUAUGUUUACUGUGGUAUG